AAGGCAGAUGGUAAAGAUGGCGGCUGCGGAUGGCGAGCCGGGCAGAAUGAGCAUAAAAGAAAAGGCAAAGCUGCAGUUAAGGAAGCUUGACAUUGGAGACAGAUUUUCCAGCAUUCAAUUACCAAAAGCUUCAGUUCUUAUCCCAUUGAUGGUCAAAGAUGGAAAGCUGUGUCUUCUUUUCACUGUUAGAUCAAUGAAGUUGAGAACAUCUCCAGGAGAAGUUUGCUUUCCAGGAGGUAGAAGGGAUCCAGCAGACACAGAUGAAGUUGCCACAGCUCUUCGAGAAGCUGAAGAAGAAGUGGGUCUCCUUCCUGAACAGGUGGAAGUCAUCUGUAGACUUGUUCCUGGAAUAGAUAAAACUCAUUCUAUCGUAACUCCAGUUGUGGCCCUCAUAGAAGACACUUUUCAAGCCCAACCAAAUCCAGAAGAAGUCAGUCAUGUGUUCUCAGUGCCGCUGGAAUAUUUUAUACAUCCUGGGAAACACAGUUUUCUGCCUUUAAAAAGAAAUGGACACGCUCCAUAUUUGAUGCAUUUCUUUGAAUACAAUGACCCAGAGCAUCAGGCGUCAUUUACCGUGUGGGGAUUGACUGCACAUUUUGCAGUCUUUGUUGCUGUUGCCAUUUAUGAGGAGAAACCGACAUUUGAAGUUGAAUUUGACCUGGAUAAUUUGAAUUCUUCAGCUGAGAAACACUUGAUGAUGCGCUACGAUAAUAUAAAAAGCAAACUUUGACAGGGAUUUGGCUUGGUCAGUGAUGCUGCAGAAUUAAUCAUUCACAUGGAUCAGAUAUUUUAGUUGGCCAAUGCAGAUGUUUCCAGGAAGCCCACAAGUGGAGCCUGAUGAAGACAUUGAACCUUGUUCCCCCUCAACUAACUUUCAGUGGCUUCCUAAUUCAGAAGAUAAAACUAUUGUGGCAAGCAGAAGAAUUCUGGAGA